AUGCCGUUCGGAUUGAAGAAUGCUGGAGCCACAUAUCAAAGAGCAAUGCUUACCUUGUUCCAUGAUAUGAUGCACCAAGAAGUGGAAGUUUAUGUGGGUGACAUACUUGCAAAAUCGAAGAAAGAGGAAGAUCAUGUGUUACUAUUUGAAUGUACCAAUAACACUGCCGAGUAUGAAGCCUGCAUCAUUGGCCUAGAAGCUGCUCUAGAACUUAAGGCCAAGAAGCUUGAGGUUUUUGGGGAUUCCUUACUAAUCAUCUACCAAGUUAAAGUCGAGUGGAAAACCAAGGAUGAGAAAUUGAAGUUGUAUCAAAGUUAUCUCUUGAGGUUAGCCAAUGAAUUUGAAGAAAUCAAAUUCACUCAUAUAAGCAGAGAUAAGAAUCAGUUUGCUGAUGCCUUAGCAACCUUAGCCUCAAUGACACAAGUUGAUGCUAAAAGGCCAAUUAAUCCUAAAGCGAGCAAUGGGCAUAGAUUCAUUUUGGUGGCCAUCGACUACUUCACCAAAUGGGUAGAAGCCAACUCUUACGCCCAUGUAACGCAGAAAGUAGUUAAGAGGUUUAUUGAAAAGGAUUUGGUCUAUCGUUAUGGUUUGCCAGCAAGAUUGAUUAAACACUUCAAUUCCUCCCCUUAUAGACCAAAGAUGAAUGGGGCAGUCGAAGCAGCUAACAAGAAUCUCAAGAAGAUUAUCCAGAAAAUGGUGGUCACCUACAAGGAUUGGCAUGAGAUGCUCCCAUAUGCACUUCAUGCGUACCGUACCACGGUUAGAACUUCUACAAAUGCCACCCCAUACUCUUUAGUAUAUGGAAUGGAGGUAAUUGUGCCCUUAGAAGUAGAAAUCCCACCACUGCGGAUCCUGAAGGAUGCAGAACUUGACGAAUCAGAGUGGGCAAGGUCAAGAUUUAAGCAACUAACCUUGAUCGAUGAGAGAAGACUAGCAGCUAUCUGCCAUCACCAGUUAUACCAAAGCAGGAUAGCUAAAGCUUACAACAAGAAGGUCAAACCAAGG